AUGGCUGUAUUGGUUGAAACAACGAUUGGAGAUGUUGUUAUUGAUUUGUUUGUGAAAGAACGUCCGAGAUGUUGCCUUAAUUUUUUAAAACUAUGCAAGAUGAAGUACUACAAUUUUUGUCAGAUUCAUGCAAUUGAGCAGAACUAUAUUGCACAGAUGGGAGAUCCAUCAGGAACUGGAAAUGGUGGUCAGUCAAUAUUUGCUUAUUUAUAUGGCGAUCAGGCACGUUAUUUUGAACCUGAACUUAUUCCAAAAUUACGACACACAAGGAUUGGCAUCGUCUCAAUGGUUAAUAAUGGUGCUGACAUGCUUGGCAGUCAGUUUUUUAUCACUUUAGGUGAUAAUCUAGAUUACUUAGAUGAGAAACAUACUAUUUUUGGACAAGUGACUGAAGGUUUAGAUACGUUAGAAAAGUUAAAUCAAGAAAUUUGUGAUGAACAAAACAGACCAUUUCGAGAUAUACGUAUUGCACAUACUGUCAUUUUGGACGAUCCCUUUGAUGACCUCGAAGAGCUUCAUCUUCCGAGUAGAUCGCCGUCACCUACACUUGACAUUUUAAGUGUUUCUCAAAUUGCUUUGGAUCAGUCGCCUAAUGAAGAUGAGGAUAAAACAGAAGAAGAAAUACGAAAGGAAAUUGAAGCCAAAGAUAUGGCUGCACAAGCACAAAUCCUAGAGAUGGUUGGUGACUUGCAUUAUGCAGACGAGAAGCCACCGGAUAAUGUCUUAUUUGUCUGCAAAUUAAAUCCAGUAACUACGGAUGAGGAUCUAGAAAUUAUUUUUUCGCGUUUUGGAAGAAUAAUUUGUUGCGAAAUCAUUCGCGAUAAGAAAACAGGUGCUUCGUUGCAGUAUGCCUUCAUUGAAUUUGAAGAAGUAAAAAGUUGUGAAGAUGCAUAUUUUAAGAUGGACAAUGUAUUAAUUGAUGAUAGGCGAAUACAUGUUGAUUUUUCUCAGUCUGUCGCUAAGAAUUAUCAGUGGAGAAGAAGAAAUGGUGAGAAAUUUAAUUUGUGUGCAAACAUUUAA